AUGGUCGCGCUGGGCCUGGCCCGGCGGCAGCGCGCCGCCAAGUUGCGUCGCCUGCAAAAGCAGGAACUGGAGAAGCGCGCGACGGCGCGGCUCGGCGCCGCCGACGGCGCCGUCUACGUCGCGGCCGUGUCGCGCUUCCCCGGCGCCGGGCAGCCCCUGGGCCGCGGCGAGGCCUGGUCGUCGACGCGCGCGUCGAGCGAGGUCCCCGCGCCGCCGGCGCCGGCGCCGGCGUCGCUCUGGGCCCGCGCGCGGGCCGCGUGGCUCGACUCUCGGACCGCGUCGCGGCGGCCGCCGCGGGAGAUCGCGCGGAGCAAGGCCGCGGGCGUGCUCGCCGCCGUCGUCGUCGUCGCCCUGGGCUUCCACGGCGCCGUCGCGAGGCUCCGCGACGCGCCCCACCUCGCCGCGCCCGACGAGGCGCGCUUCGACGCCUACGGCCGCUACGUCGCCGCGGAGGCGCCCGAGACCGCGCGGUCCGCGUUCUCGCCGUCGCUCCUCAUGGUCGCCGGGAGCCGGAAGUCGGGCGCGACCUACGUGCGCCAGCUCCUCCUCGACAACCUCUACGUCGCGCCCCUCGACGCGCGGGACCACGACCACCACCUCGAGCCCGCGAUGGCCGCCGCGCGCGAAGCCGCGCGCGUCGCGGCCGCGGCGAACCCGCCGCGCGACGACCCCGGCGCGCUCCUCGAGGGUCUUUUGCGACCCGGCUCCGCCGCGGCGCGGUCGACGCUCGUCGUCUUCGUCGCCAAGGACCCCUACGCCUGGGUCGCGUCGUCCGCGCGGCGGCCGCACCCCGACGACGCGAAAGUCCGCGGCGGCUCGCGCGAGUCCGAGGCCCACGUGAAGCACCUCCUCCACGCGCGCGCCCGGGCCGCGCGCGGGGCCCUGGCCCUGCGCGACUCCCUCGCGGCCGACGGCGCCGCGGUCGAAGUCGUCGCCUACGAAGACGCGCUGCGCGACCCGGAGGCGCUCGUGUCGCGGCUCGCGGCGGCCUACGGCCUCGGCCGCCGGCGCGGGGGGCACCUCCAGCUCACGCACCACCUCACGAACGACGCCGGCGGCGCGCCGGGCGCCGCGCCGUCGCUCCAGCGCCGCGCGCGCCUCGCGUCGAGCGGCUUGUUCGUGCGCAAGGCCUACUACCUCGACCGCGACUACGUCGCCGACCUCGGCCGCAACGCGCACCACGCGAUCCGCACGCACCUCGACGCGGCGGCCGAGGCGGCCCUCGGCCUCCACGACGGCGUCGGCGACUCGCGCCGCGACGCGCGAAGAGCGCGGCGGCGGAAACGCCACCUCGUGGCCCUGCUCCGGACCCUCGACAAGCUCGUCAUGCCCGUCGUCGGCGGCUGCCUCGCCCUCCUCCUCGGCGUCUCCGCCUUCGUCUUCUGGCGCCUCCGCGGCGAGGAGCCCGCCUCGGACGGCGCCGCGGAGACCCCGGAGCCGCGGCCACCGUCGCGAGACACGCGGCGGCCGCCAGAGCUCCCGCCGCCGCCGACAGCCGCGGACCUCGCCAUCGACCGCGCGCGCCGUGCGCAGCGCGACGAGCUGCGCUGGGUCACGGACCGCGGCGCGCGAGCGGUGCCGGCGGCGCGGAAGGACGUCGCCGCCGCCGCCGCACCGCCAGUCUCGAGCUACGCGGCCAUGUGGGGAGAGCCCGAUUUCAACACCGCCGACGAUUCCACGGACUCCGACGAAGAGGAGUUCGACGUCCUCGACGAUCCGAGCUCCGAGAGCAGCGACUCGGAUUUCUAUGACUAA